AUGGACUCAUCCAAAGAAAUGAAGACCAACACCUCCGACGUGACGUCUCCCCAGGACCUCGAGGCUAUCCCCAGCAAAACAGUUGGGGAGGUAUGGCCUGUUGUCGGCCAGGAUUCCAAACUUCUUCGCAGGAUCGAUUGGCGAAUCGUUCCUAUCAUGUUCGCCUGCUACUUUCUGCAAUUCCUCGACAAGGUCCUUAUCAACUACGCCAAUGUCAUGGGCCUCCCGAAAGACUUGGGUCUCCAGGGUAAUGAUUUCUCUUGGAUGGCGACCGCCUUCUUCAUCGGCUUUGCCGUCUCUGAGUUCCCUCAAGGCUACCUCCUGCAAAAAUUCCCACUGGCCAAAGUCCUCGGUUUGAACGUCUUGUGCUGGGGCAUCACCAUCUGCUGCUCAGCAGCAGCUCAGAAUUUCGCCGGUAUGGUGGCCCUGCGAACACUCCUGGGCUGCUUUGAGGCUGUCAUCAGCCCAGCUUUGGUCAUGUCCACCUCCCAGUGGUAUACCAAACGUGAAUCUGGCCCCAGAUACGGUGUCUGGUAUUGCGGUCUAGGAGCUGGCCAGAUUAUCGGUGGACUGGUCUCAUUCGCCGCUCAACAUGGUGCCAAAAAUGCGGGAUUUCGUGGUUGGAGAAUCAUGAUGGUGUCCAUCGGGGUGUUCAAUAUUGCCGUCGCCUGCAUCGUUCUUACAUUCCUCCCCGACAGCGUUGAAAGCGCCCGCUUCCUGACUGCAGAGGAGAAACAAUCGAUCCACCGCAAAUUAGUCCUCGAUCAAGCCGGCAAUGGUGCGAAGGUUUUCCGUCUGGCUUCCCUGUGGGAAAUCUUCCUCGACUUACAAGUCUGGCUCUUGUUUCUCCUGACAAUCCUGAUCGUCAUUCCCAGUGGUGUCAUUACCACAUUUUCCGCCACGCUGAUUCGAGGUUUCGGAUAUGAUUCCAAGCAGUCUGCACUGUUGAACAUGCCAUCAGGCAUAGUAAGCAUCGCGUCAACAUUGCUCUGCACCUUUGCCAUUCUCCGCGGGUUUCCACGCUGGCUGAGUAUCAUCCUACUUCUGAUUCCGACUGUCAUUGGCGCUGGUCUGAUGUCAUUUAUAUCCGCAGACAAUCAACCUGGUAAACUCGCAGGAAUCUACUUGAUCAAUACAAUUGUGGCACCCCUUGCCAUUAUCUACACUUGGGUCGGUGCGAACACGGCCGGUUAUACGAAACGUGUGGCCUCAAACGCAGCCAUCGCCGUGUCUUUCAGUGUCGCAAACAUCAUCGGACCUCAGACAUUCCAGGCAAAGGAUGCCCCUGACUACAUCCCUGCGAAGAUUACUAUCUUUGCCGUCGCCGGCGGAGCCAUGGCUGUCUCGGUGUUGUUGAGAUUGUUGUAUGGGUUCAGGAAUCGACGAACGGCGAAGAAUCGAUGGGCACAGUUACAAGGACUUUCGAUGGGAGCAGUCGAAGCCAAUAUUGAACAGGAUCAGACUGAUUGUAAGAACCCGGCAUUUGUGUAUGUGUAUUAA